AUGAUUUUUGCCGAUGACAUUGCGCUGAUAGCGAUAUCGACGGAGGAACUAAACCAGAGGCUAGAGAAAUGGAGAGAAGCCCUUGAAGACCAUGGUUUGUGCGAGAUAAGACAAAAUGGGGAUGAGGUUAUUAGCAUUGGGGGCCGCAUAUUGCGUCCGAAGGAGUCUUUUAGAUACCUGGGAUCAGUGAUACACAAAUCGGGUGGGAUAGACGAAGAUGUGACACAUCGAAUCCAAGUCGGAUGGAUGAAGUGGAGAGCAGCUACGGGAGUCAUGUGCGACAAGAGGAUCCCGCUAAAGCUGAAAGGGAAGUUCUAUAGAGUGGCUAUUAGACCGGCUAUGUUAUACGGGUCAGAAUGUUGGGCGAUGACGAAAGCCCAAGCGGCUCGAGUAGAGGUGGCUGAGAUGAGGAUGUUAAGGUGGACUUGCGGGAAGACCUUAGCAGACAGGAUCCCGACGGGAGUUUUUAGAGCAGAACUUAAAGUAGGGACCAUCACUAACAAGCUAAGAGAAGAGCGCUUGAGAUGGUUUGGCCAUGUUAGGAGAAGGGAUUAA